CGUCCGACGUCAUCCAGAUGACGCCUGCUUCGUAACCAAAAACUUUGUGCGCGAUCAAACUAACCAUAAUAAAAAAAAUUUCGGUUUUGUCACACAAGUACGAGAAAAAAAAAACGAAAAAACAUUUUCGGGGGUGAAUGCGAGCGAUACUAAACAUGGACUUGAAUUGUCAGAAUUCUAGCUUAAACGCUGAAUAUUUGCUCGACCAGUUAAACACAGCCAGGCGAGAGAUUAAUAAUUUGAGACAGCAGAUAAAAGGUCUCAAGUAUAUAUUUGACAAAGAUGUUAGCAGUAUCAAACAUCUCUUGGAAGUGCAAAAGGAUAAAGAAACUCUGCCACAGACCAAAUUAAUAUCUUCGGAAGAGGCAAAACCUGGCACGAGCAAGGACGAAGACACUCUCAAGUUAAAACCUAUCGGUAUUAUUUCCACUUGGUUUCCUAACAAGCGAGCGACCCCGCGACAACCUGGAGUUUGCGGAAAAGUUCCGGGAAAGCUAACACUUUACAACUCUGUAUUCACAAAUCCGGAUCACGCUUUACAGGGCUUGCAGGAUUUUUCUCACAUGUGGAUUUUAUUCUAUUUCCACAGAAACGAUUCAACGCACACUCGCGCGAAAGUGGCUCCGCCGAGAUUGAACGGCGUGAGAACUGGCGUAUUUUCUACACGGUCCCCGCAUCGGCCGUGUCCCAUUGGUCUGAGUUUAGUCAAGAUUCUCAAAAUCGAAAGUAAUGUAGUUUAUUUUGAGGGUGUCGACAUGGUGAAUCAGACUCCAGUUUUGGACAUAAAACCGUACAUUCCGCAGUACGACAGUCCGCUACAUAUCGAGAAAUCGGUUAGGUUGCAAGAGAAUAGUGUAAAUAUUUCGGACAUGUUUCACAACAGAGAGGAGACUUCGGUUCCAACCGGGGAUCAGUCGGCCGACUCUUUCAAUGACGAGGUAAACGUCAACACUAACGAGCAGGUUGAGAUUGAUAUUUCCAGAGAUGAGGAAAUAGCUUUGAGACUUCAGGCGGAAGAAUUCGAAGUGUAUCCGUACUUAGAUGAGUACAACGUCGCGAGACAAUCUUCCCAAUUAGCCGAACCUCAUGCAAAUGCGAUCACCUCGUUACAAAGCGGCACCAAUGCGGAUAUUAUACACAGAGAAACAUAUCUCAUGCAAGACGGGACACCCGACUCGAGAUCGGACUUAAAUUCGUCCGUCGAUUCGCAGGCGGAGACGUUCAGAGAACUGAACGGCAGAUUGCGCGACAUAGAUAUGAACGAUGCGAAUUCGAUUGCGCACGCGGAGGAUAAUAACGAGAGAAAUUAUACCGAGAAUCAGACGUUGCGCAAUUCGAGAUUGUUGGACGGAGCGGAUGGUCCGAGCACGGUUUGCGGCACCGACGUAGAUCUGAUAAAUCGUCACGUACUGCACACGAGAGUCGACAAUUCGCCCGUGAGAAUGGGAAUACGGGAAGCGCCCGACGGCGAGGAAGGACUCGAGUCUCAGAGCUUGACGCCCUCGCGAACCUUGCCGGACAUUCACGCGACAACAACCGCGGCAACAAUCGAACCGGCGAAUAAUCCGACCGCGACGGAGAGCAACUUCUCCGAGAUAAGAGUGCCGGAUUGGAUAUCGCAACCUCGCACGGCGACAUUGUCGGUGAUUUUUAACGAACGCGCUCUGGUGCAAUUGAACGAAAUUCUGGACGAUAAAGUCGAGGAACAGAAACAAGCUAUAGAGAACGUGCUCAGGGAAGAUCCUAGGUCUGUGUAUUUGAGACAGAGAUGGGGUAGUCAAUUUUACACCUUUUUAAUACACGACCUUCACAUCACGUGCAGAUUCGACGACAGUCGGGGUAUCGUGACCGUGUUUCAGAUUCGACACGCCGGUCGUACUUGCGACUGCGGCGAACCGGAAUGGCAGUGCUUGGGUCAUUCUCCCUUGUCUUAAUGUAUUUUUUUGUGAACGGAUCAGAAAAUAGAGAAAAAAAAA